UAGCUAACCUCAAUUUUAGUGCAAAUAAUCAAAACAAACCUUUGUUUUUGUGAAGAUUACAAACAUUUCACACGUUUAUCUGUUACUAGCCGCGUUAAAGUAAUCAUGUGCAGUGAUAGUGUAAUAAACUGAGUCUGUUUCUAUCAUCCUUUAUUAACAAUGCCGCUUACUUUAAGUGCAAAUUUUAUAUCGUUGUGUUUUUGUAUCUAAAGUGAAAUGAUUCCUUCUAAUACUAUUUGCGUCUCUCAGGAGGGCCCAGCUAAUGCUUUGGCCCUCAACAAAGACUGCAGCCAAGUUGUAAUUGCCGGGAGAAAUGUAUUCAAAGUGUUUUCAAUUGGGGAAACUGAAUUUACCGAAGUCUGUAAUCUGCGUGUUGGCAAAAACCUGAACCUGAAUUUUUCUUCAAUAGAUGUAGCUUGGAGUACCAUUGAAGAAAACACAUUAGCCACAGCAGCCACCAAUGGGGCUGUGGUGGUGUGGAACCUCGGCCGCUCCGGUCGCUCUAAGCAAGAGCAUGUCUUCUCUGACCAUAAAAGGACUGUCAAUAAGGUUAGCUUCCAUCUGACUGAGCCAGCAUUGCUGAUAUCUGGGUCUCAAGAUGGUAUGAUGAAAUGCUUUGAUCUUCGCAUGAAAGAAGUUGCCAGGACAUUUAUCAGCAACACGGAGUCGAUCCGCGACGUGCAGUUCAGCCCGCACCAGGCGCACCAGUUCGCCGCCGUGUCCGAGAACGGCUCCGUGCAGCUGUGGGACGUGCGCCGCCACGAGCGCUGCCUGCAGCACUUCACGGCGCACUCGGGGCCCGUGUUCGCCUGCGACUGGCACCCUGAGCUGCCCUGGCUGGCCACGGCUUCCCGGGACAAGACUAUCAAGAUCUGGGACAUCCACGCGAAACCGAACCUGGAACACACCAUAUACACGAUCGCCUCGGUUGGACACGUCAAAUGGAGACCACAGAAGAAGUUCCAGGUGGCGUCGUGCGCGCUGGUGCUGGACUGCGCCGUGCACGUGUGGGACGUGCGCCGGCCGCACGUGCCGCUGGCCACCUUCGCCGAGCACCGCGACGUCACCACCGCCAUCGCCUGGCAGGCCGACCCGCACACCUUCCUCUCCACCAGCCGGGACUGCAGCCUGUACCGGCACCGGUUCACGGAGGCGGCGCACCCGGUGCUGUGGGCCAACCCGCACGGGGUCUGUGUUUCUGCGCGCGGCGAGCUGGCGCACGCGGCGCCCGAGCGGCCGCUGCCCGCGCUGCACCCCUACUGCCACCCGCCCGGCGACCGCGUCGUGCCCGGACUGGGCCGCAAGCAGCCGACGGCCGGCUCGCUAGGCGCAUCCGCACAGGCGGCGCUGGAGCGAGCGUUCCCGGGCGGCGCCGCCUCUACCUUGUGCCGCUACCGCACGCGCGUCGAUCCCGUGGCCGGCGAGGACCGGCGCACGUCGGCGCUGGUGGGGUGCGCGCUGCACUACCGCAUCCGCGGCGCCUGCCCGCACGAGCUGGCUGCCCGCAACGCCGCCGUCGCGCGCUCCUACAACCGGCACAUGGUGGCUCACGUGUGGGAGGUGGUCCGCGCGGUGUGCGAGGCGCGCGCCGCCUCCCGCCGCCCGCCGCCGCCGCGCCCGCCCGAGCCGCGCGCCGACCCGCCGCCGCCGCCGCCGCACUACAGCGCCGUGGAGGAGGAGCCGCUGGAGGAGGCGGAGGAGUGGGCGGAGACGUCGUUCCACAACAGCGGCGUGCUGGGCAUGCCCACGCUCACCAUCUACAUCCCGCCCGCCAAGUACGCCAAGCAACUCCGAGAGGACAGUGAAAACAUGGGCUGGGUGUCGGCGGCGUCGGCGCACUACGUGGACAUCGAGGCGGCGGACUGGACGCUGCCCGAGGAGGCCUUCCCGCUGCGCACCGCCCCGCCGCCCGCGCCCCCCCACACGCCGCCCCACCAGCCCCACCCGCCCCACCCGCCGCCCCUCGCGCCCGCGCCCGCCACCCUCACCGAACACACAGAGUCUGGUGUGCUGAUGACGGCCGCCCCGCCGCUCGCGCCCGCGCCUGCUACGCUCACUGAGCACACAGGUACUAACGACGCCAACUCAAGCUUGAAGCAGGCAGCUAUAGUCUGCUGGUCUGGUGUUCUGAUGAUGGCCGCCCCGCUGCGCACCGCCCCGCCGCCCGUGCCCCCCCACACGCCGCCCCACCAGCCCCACCCGCCGCCGCUCGCGCCCGCGCCAACUACGCUCACUGAACACACAGGCUCGGGCUCGACGGUGACGGCGGCGGUGUCUCCGCUGGGCGCGGGCAGCUCGCCGCCGUCGUCGUGCAGCACCGGCAGCGACAAGGGCAGCCAGCACGCCGACCUCAGCGCGACGGAGGAGGGCGAGGGCGCCCUGGCCGUGGGCGGCGCGGGGCAGGGCGGGCGCGCGCUGGUGGACGUGUGGCCGCUGCUGGGCGCCGCGCUGCGCCAGCACGCCGACCUGGGCGACGUGCAGACCGCCGCCGCCGUCAUGCUCGCGCUGCAGGAGCACAGACCGCCGCCGCCGUCAUGCUCGCGCUGCAGGAGCACAGGUACAUGCGACACUAGCACAGGUAGGGACGCGCGGCCGCUGCUGGGCGCCGCGCUGCGCCAGCACGCCGACCUGGGCGACGUGCAGACCGCCGCCGCCGUCAUGCUCGCGCUGCAGGAGCACAGACCGCCGCCGCCGUCAUGCUCGCGCUGCAGGAGCACAGGUACAUGCGACACUAGCACAGGUAGGGACGCGCGGCCGCUGCUGGGCGCCGCGCUGCGCCAGCACGCCGACCUGGGCGACGUGCAGACCGCCGCCGCCGUCAUGCUCGGACGCGCGGCCGCUGCUGGGCGCCGCGCUGCGCCAGCACGCCGACCUGGGCGACGUGCAGACCGCCGCCGCCGUCAUGCUCGCGCUGCAGGAGCACAGGUACAUGCGACACUAGCACAGGUAGGGACGCGCGGCCGCUGCUGGGCGCCGCGCUGCGCCAGCACGCCGACCUGGGCGACGUGCAGACCGCCGCCGCCGUCAUGCUCGCGCUGCAGGAGCACAGGUACAUGCGACACUAGCACAGGUAGGGACGCGCGGCCGCUGCUGGGCGCCGCGCUGCGCCAGCACGCCGACCUGGGCGACGUGCAGACCGCCGCCGCCGUCAUGCUCGCGCUGCAGGAGCACAGGAGUGACUUAUUCCCGUACAUUGACGAGAGCCUGCAAGAACAAUGGCUGCUGGGCUACAUCGAGCUGCUGCAACGACACAAACUGUGGAACGUUGCUACCGAGGUGAUCCGCAACGCGUGGUUGAGCAGCGUGUGGUCGCUGUCGCAGCAGUCGACGUCGGUGGCCAUGUGCUGCGGGCGCUGCGGGCGCCGCACGCGGCCGCACGCCGCCUGCGACCGCUGCCAGCCGCGCCACCUGCCCGACCUGUGCUGCGUCUGCCACCAGGUACUGUGCUGCGUCUGCCACCAGGUCUGUCGCAGCAGUCGACGUCGGUGCCAUGUGCUGCGGGCGCUGCGGGCGCCGCACGCGGCCGCACGCCGCCUGCGACCGCUGCCAGCCGCGCCACCUGCCCGACCUGUGCUGCGUCUGCCACCAGGUACUGUGCUGCGUCUGCCACCAGGUCUGUCGCAGCAGUCGACGUCGGUGCCAUGUGCUGCGGGCGCUGCGGGCGCCGCACGCGGCCGCACGCCGCCUGCGACCGCUGCCAGCCGCGCCACCUGCCCGACCUGUGCUGCGUCUGCCACCAGGUACUGUGCUGCGUCUGCCACCAGGUACUGUGCUGCGUCUGCCACCAGGUCUGUCGCAGCAGUCGACGUCGGUGCCAUGUGCUGCGGGCGCUGCGGGCGCCGCACGCGGCCGCACGCCGCCUGCGACCGCUGCCAGCCGCGCCACCUGCCCGACCUGUGCUGCGUCUGCCACCAGCAGUCGACGUCGGUGCCAUGUGCUGCGGGCGCUGCGGGCGCCGCACGCGGCCGCACGCCGCCUGCGACCGCUGCCAGCCGCGCCACCUGCCCGACCUGUGCUGCGUCUGCCACCAGGUACUGUGCUGCGUCUGCCACCAGGUACUGUGCUGCGUCUGCCACCAGGUACUGUGCUGCGUCUGCCACCAGGUCUGUCGCAGCAGUCGACGUCGGUGCCAUGUGCUGCGGGCGCUGCGGGCGCCGCACGCGGCCGCACGCCGCCUGCGACCGCUGCCAGCCGCGCCACCUGCCCGACCUGUGCUGCGUCUGCCACCAGGUGGUGCGCGGGCUGUACGCGUGGUGCCAGGGCUGCUCGCACGGCGGGCACCUGCACCACAUGCGGCGCUGGAUGGAGCGCCACCAGCUCUGCCCGGCCGGCUGCGGCCACCGCUGCCAGCUCUAGCAGCUAUCGGCAGUCGGCUA